CCGAUGGCCCGGGGUCCUCCCGGAGGAGUCUUGGGUGUGUUGGGAGGGGUAGUAGCUGCUGGUCUCCUCAUCGCCGUGGCCGUCACGGUCUUCAUGGUCUACCGGCGCCAGCAGAAGACCCGCACCGAGACCGACAAUGACCUGACCGACCUCCCACCCGCCCACAAGCCGGCCCCUCCCCCACCCAAAAAGAAGAGCAGUGAUUUGAAGGGCCACUUGACAUCCGAUGACAUCCAGGUGGUUCACCUGGACAAGGAUGAGGACAUGCAGAAGAUUCCUCUCCAGCCCCCAUACUACGACAUGGCGCCCUCUGAGUCAACCCCCUUCACUGACAAGCCGAACUGUGGGAGACACGAACCACCAAACCCGGCUGAGUAUGUGAGCUACCAUCGCGUCUACAACAAGGAACACUGUCUCGAGUCACAACCAGCUCAGGCCUACCCCCCUCCUGUUACUUUCUUACCCCAGAACCCUUACACACAUCCUCCCUCCAACAACCCCCUGUACCCCACCAGCUACCCUGCCCAAGGCCAAGGUCAGGGCGAGGCUCCCCGGCCACUCUUCCCUAAGGAGCAGUCCGUGUGAGCCCUUAAAAUCAUUCUAUAGCUCCAGCUCUGUAAGAGCCAUCAUCAGAGCUGAUGCAAUCUGAAAUACACCAAGCUACACCAAGCUUUGCUCUAAGGGUGUGUAUGCUAUGCCCCUGCCCCCUCACCACCUCUCUCUCUCUGUCCGUUUCUAUGAGCCUGAUGAUGGAGUGGGUAUCCCCUGCUAUGAUGGACGUGUCAGUAGUUUGUGGACCUUUAAAACCCUUGUGUGUUGUUGCACUGCAUGUUCCACCGAGGCUGUCAGUAGGACUCCUCAUCUUGUGCUGUUACUGUAGACACCACUGCCAUCACACCUCACCCCCUACUGUAGGUGUGCUCUUCACCCCAUACUCACACACAUGAACCUAGCUGUCCUUAAUGUCUUGAUUGCUUCCAUAUCCUUGCAUAUGUUCAUUUUUUACUUUUGCCAAGUGUCCAACUAUGUACAAUAUACACCACUGUGUCACUCAAUACUUAAUUUUAUUAUAUUUUUAACUUUUUCUCUUCCCACAGUGAUAGGGACCUCCUUUCUCUUCCCACAGUGAUAGGGACCUCCUUUCUCUUCCCACAGUGAUAGGGACCUCCUUUCUCUUCCCACAGUGAAAGUGACCUCUUUUCUCUUCCCACAGUGAUAGGGACCUAUUUUCUCUUCCCACAGUGAUAGUGACCUCUUGUCUCUUCCCACAGUGAUAGUGACCUAUUUUCUCUUCCCACAGUGAUAGUGACCUCUUUUCUCUUCCUACAGUGAUAGGGACCUAUUUUCUCUUCCCACAGUGAUAGGGACCUCCUUUCUCUUCCCACAGUGAUAGGGACCUCCUUUCUCUUCCCACAGUGAUAGGGACCUCUUUUUCUCUUCCCACAGUGAUAGUGACCUCUUUUCUCUUCCCACAGUGAUAGGGACCGCUUUUCUCUUCCCACAGUGAUAGGGACCUCUGUUCUCUUCCCACAGUGAUAGUGACCUAUUUUCUCUUCCCACAGUAAUAGUGACUUCUUGUCUCUUCCCACAGUGAUAGUGACCUCUUUUCUCUUCCCACAGUGAUAGUGACCUAUUUUCUCUUCCUACAGUGAUAGGGACCUCUUUUCUAUUCCCACAGUGAUAGGGACCUAUUUUCUCUUCCCACGGUGAUAGGGACAUCUUUUCUCUUCCCACAGUGAUAGUGACCUAUUUUCUCUUCCCACAGUGAUAGGGACCUCUUUUCUAUUCCCACAGUGAUAGUGACC